AUGGCGCGGCCCGCCCCGCCCCUCUCCGCGCGUCCCAACAUGGCGGCGGCGGGCGGGGGCCGGCGGGCGCUGCUCCCGCUCCCGGGGCCGUCACUGGUGCUGUUCCCGGUGCUGUUCCCGGUGCUCCUCCUGGUGCUGCUGGCGGCCACCGCCACGGCGCGGCUGUACCGGCCCGGCCACGACCCGCUGACCGUGCUGACGGCCGGCUCCGUGCGGCCGGCGCUGCUCAACUCCUCGGCCGCCUGGGUGGUGCAGUUCUACAGCUCGUCCUGCGGCCACUGCAUCGCCUUCGCGCCCACCUGGCGAGCGCUGGCGGGGGACGUCAAAGACUGGGAAUCUGCAAUUAGAGUUGGAGUGCUGGACUGUGGGGAAGAAGGGAACUAUGAGACGUGCAAAGAAUAUGGGAUUCACUAUUACCCAACUCUUAGGUACUUCAAAGCAUUUACAAAGCAUUUCACAACUGGAGAAAAUUACCAAGGAGGAGAUCGGGAGCUGCAAACACUUCGUCAGAUGAUGAUUGACUUCCUGCAGAACCAUUCCCAGGAGCUGAGACCUCCUGCUUGCCCACCACUGGAUCCAGUGCUGUCCAGUGAUCUCCCAUCUCUUUUUGACAAGAACAGCCACCACUACACAGCCAUUGUGUUUGAGAGCAACAGCUCCUACGUGGGCCGAGAGGUUAUCUUAGACUUGAUCCAGUAUGAAAACAUCGUGGUGAGGAGAGCCCUGAAUGUUGAUAAACCUUUCCUGGAGAAGCUGGGGGUCACCUCAGUCCCCUCAUGCUACCUGAUACAGCCGAAUGGCAGCCAUGGAUUAAUUAACAAUUUGAAGCCUCUACGGUCUUUCUUUUCUUCAUAUUUAAAGUCACUGCCAGGUGUAAGGAAAAAACUCCUUUUGCCACUGCAGCUUCCUGCUCCAGAAAAUAAAGAGGAGAGCACAGAAAUCAAGGUGUGGAAAGAGUUUGAUAAGUCCAGGCUCUACAUGGCUGACCUUGAGUCAGGAUUGCAUUUCCUGCUCCGGGUGGAGCUGGCCACGCACAAGGCACUCGAGGGGGCUGAGCUGAAAACCUUCAAGGACUUUGUCACCAUCUCUGCCAAGCUUUUUCCUGGCCGUCAGCCUGUGGUGAAGUUGUUAGAGACCUUGCAGGAGUGGCUGGUGAGCCUUCCAUUAGACAAAAUCCCUUAUGAUGCUAUCCUGGAUCUGGUCAACAACAAAAUGCGGAUUUCUGGGAUAUUUCUCCCCAGGAAAGUGCAGUGGGUUGGCUGCCAGGGCAGCAGACCAGAGCUGAGGGGCUACAGCUGCUCCCUCUGGAAGCUGUUCCAUACCCUCACUGUUCAGGCUGCACUGAGACCAAAAGCUUUGCUAAACACAGGCCUUGAGGACAACCCCCAAAUCGUGCUGCAGGUGAUGAGGAGAUACAUCCAGCACUUCUUUGGGUGCAAGGCUUGUGCUCAGCACUUCGAGGAGAUGGCCAAGGAAUCCAUGGAUUCUGUGAAAAGCUUGGACCAGGCUGUUCUGUGGCUCUGGGAGAAGCACAACGUGGUCAACAACAGGCUGGCAGGUGAUUUGACUGAAGAUCCAAAAUUCCCCAAAGUUCAGUGGCCAACUCCAGACAUUUGUCCUGCAUGUCAUGAAGAAGUCAAAGGGCUGCACAGCUGGAAUGAAGACCAAGUCCUGCAAUUCCUGAAAUCCCACUACAGCAGUGAAAACAUCCUCUAUAAAUACACCCAGAGCCAGACUGACCCCAGUGACAACGAGCAGGGAGACACGAGGGAGGUGAAAGACAAAAACCUGCAGAAGAACUCGGGGAGAAAUGGAGAAAACAAGCUCCAGGAUAAGGAGAACCCAGGAGAUCCAGGCUCCAAGGCGCUGGAGAAUCCAAUGGGAAAUCCUGGAGCUGUCCAAGGUAGCGGCAAAAACGCAGCUGCAUCCGUGAGCCUCAAAGGGACCAGGCAGGCUGUGUCCUUCCUGGGGAUUGGAUUUUCCAACCUCGACAUGAGUCUGUGUGUCAUCCUCUACGUGGCAUCCUCCUUGUUUUUAAUGAUCAUGUACUUUUUUUUCCGGGUGAGGUCCAAGCGCUGGAAAGUGAAGUCUCACCGCUCCUCGGUCUAG